AUGCUCGUUAGUUUUCUUCGAUACGCUCCUAAACUUAAGAGUCUUGUCAUUGAGAAAAAUUGUGAGAUUAAAAAGGAUGGAAAAUCGGGUUGGGUUGUACCAGCCGAAAUUCCAACAUGUCUUUCGACGAGUCUUGUUACAUUUGAAUUUAGAGGAAUUGAAGACAUGAAAACUGAGUUGGAGUUUACGCGAUAUAUCAUAAAUGAGUCAAGUAAGUUAGAGAAGGUGAAGAUUUUUGCAACAAAAGGAUUUAAAAGAGUAAGAAAAAGUUUACGCAAGGGGUCGAGGAAAUCAGCUGCACUAUUAUUGGAUAUUAGGUCAGUUUGA